AUGGCCGAUUCAGCAAGUACAUCCGGUGUUACAGCUGAUGGCCUGAAAGACAAGCUAUCAACACAAUUGGAAGCGCAGUUCGUGGAGAUUGAGGACAUGUCCGGCGGAUGUGGUCAGGCCUUCCAAGCGAUCAUCGUAUCCCCCCAAUUCGAUAAGAAAACCAUGCUCGCGCGUCAUCGACUGGUCAACUCGGUGCUCAAGGACGAGAUUGCUGCGAUUCAUGCGUGGACGCCCAAGUGUUAUACCCCGGAGCAAUGGCAGAAGUUGCAGGAUGAGCGGGCUUAA